AUGUCGCGCAUGUGGUCACCGCCAGCCGAAACCCAUCGCAACGAUGCACACACAGCGACAUUUCCGAAGAUCAGCGAUGAGGAUUGGCUCUGGCUGGCUGACCAACUACCAGAACUUGAUGUUCCUCAGCAUGCAAAAAGUGCGAGGUACGAGCUGCCUUCUCGAACUGCACUGUCACGGUAUCUGCACAGAUUCUUGACCGACUUUCAUCCACAUUAUCCGAUCGUCCACUCGCAGACCUUAUCGAUCAGAAACAUGGCACCCGAACUAACAUUAGCAAUGGCCACGGUGGGCUGUCAGUAUUGCCUCGAGUCUCGUGAGGGUCACAGGAUGUUCGACCUUACUCGGGAUGUUAUCUUGGAGAAACUCGAUCGCCGUGAAAUGAGGUGCAAUACUAGAUACAGAGGGAGGGGGGCGCCAGUGCAGGUCUCAGAAGAUCAAGUGCCGAGGGAACAGUUAUUCUUCGGCCCUCAAAAUCACACACUGGAGCCAAAGAUGUGCCAGGACUGCCAUGCCUAUCCUUUGAUUGAAACCAUGCAGGCCCUCUUUUAUCUCAUGGUGGUGGCAUUAUUGGGCGAAGCAAAUCAAAGGCGCUCGAGAGAUAUCGCAACUAUCCAGAGCCUUCUUGCCCCCUUAAUGCAACAGCAAGGGCUAUCUGAACAUGUUUGUAGUCUAUGCUCGUGGGAGAGUUGGUUACGCCAUGAGAGCGCCAGGCGUACCAAGCUGUCGAUCUUUUGCAUUUUUGUCCUCCGUUCCAUAUCCACAAAUGUACCAUCAGCAACACUGCUCGCAGAUAUUCGGCUUCAACUACCAUGUCAAGCAGAGGAAUGGCAAGCACCGAAUGCUGAGAGCUGGGAAAUGAUCCACCGAGAGUCUGAAAGACCUCUUAUGUUUCAUGAUCACUUCGGGCUCUUAUUCCGCUCAGAUACAGAGAUUCCCGCUUGCUCCGCGUUAGGAGGUCACGUCAUGAUACACGCUAUUCUGCAACACAUUUUCUACCUGCAUCAAGUCACGCAAAUCAAUGACCUGGGAGGCCAAGCCUCUGUAGAGCAACUCCUCUCAGUUCAACGAGCCCUAAAGCGGUGGAGAUCCAGCUGUGAGCAAGAUACAGGGUCGUCACUCAAUACUAUCGUCCAGAGUGAGCCGAUUGUCGCCAACUCGGUGGCUUUGUAUCGCCUCGCAUAUAUCCGACUACUCGUCAACAUUGGGCCCGCAAGGUCCCUGAUCGAGCAGGAUGAAACAAUAAUUAUUGAUCGUCUACAACGACUUCCUCGUCUAUCCAGGAACCCUUUAUUGACGAUGGCGGCUCGGCAAGCGAUGGCUGCACUUCUCCCUCCUUUGGAACAAGGAAUCUUCCUCAUUGGCCAGGAACGCAACUGGUCGGUGGUCCAUGCUAUCUGUUCAGUAGAAUACACGUAUAUAUUGAGCGAAUUCCUACGUGUCACAGCCGGGGAGGUGAGUCCGCCGCUGGAUACCGAUGAGUACGAUGUUCUUGCCGGGAUACAAGAGCUCCUGAUGGAGUUUGAGAUAUGCUUGCCUAACGGAGACGUUGCCGGGUUCCAUAAUGCACCGGGGUUCUUAGCUGGAAGGGUAGCUCUUGCAUGGGCGACCAUCCUCCAAAGCGUGCGGACGUGGAAGGUUGUCGAUUUGGUUCGGCGUGUCCUUCUCAAAAUGGCAGAGUCGAUAGAGAUGGGGGGGUUAUGA